UGAAGUUGUUGCGUUGCAGCUCCCUUUAUCAAGCAUAGCUGCGAGUCGACAACGUUCACGAUAGUAUUAAAAGGACGCUAAGCAAAAAAUAUUGAAUUGCUCACGUUUUAUAGUGAAAUUAUCACAAAUAUCAUUGAAGAGCAUAGUCUGGCAUUACAGUGCGACGCGCGCGCCGGCUGAACGAUUGCCUUUGUCUCCAAUACACAAGAAAUUUGAGUGGUAUAAAAUAUUAAUAAUGUCAGACGAUAAUUCACCUGUUGUUGAAGAACAAAAGAAAAAGCGGGGUAGACCAUCAAAAACAGAUAAAAAUGCUGUGAAAGAAUCUAAAAAAAGAGGUAGAUCUUCUGUAGAUAAAAAUAAUGCAGUACGUUCUGCAAAAUCUGAUACUGAAGAUGAUGCAUCGCCUGUACCAGUCAAAAAAGGCAGAGGAAGGCCAAAAGGUUCUCAUAAAAAAAAGCAAGGUUCACCUAAAGGAACUCCUUCAGGACGAGGUCGUGGUAGACCUAAAAAGAAAGAAGAGAAACCAGAAAGUACUGGUGAAGAAGAAGAAGACGAUCAAGAGGAGGAAGAAGAGGAAGAGGAUGAGAAUUGA